CGGUGCAUGCCGGGACGGCGGCGGGCGGUGCCUACGCUCGCAUCAUGGCGGCGGAGUGGGCUUCUUAUUCCUGGGUUUGGGCUGCCCUGCUGAUUUCUGUGGCCGCGGUCUACGAAGAUCAAGUGGGCAAGUUUGAUUGGAGGCAGCAGUAUGUUGGGAAGCUCAAGUUUGCCUCCUUGGAAUUUUCCCCUGGAUCCAAGAAGUUGGUUGUAGCCACAGAGAAGAAUGUGAUUGCAGCAUUAAAUUCCCGAACUGGGGAGAUUUUGUGGCGCCAUGUUGACAAGGGCACGGCAGAAGGGGCUGUGGAUGCCAUGCUCCUGCACGGACAGGAUGCGAUCACUGUGUCCAAUGGAGGCCGAAUCAUGCGUUCCUGGGAGACUAACAUCGGGGGCCUGAACUGGGAGAUAACCUUGGACAGUGGCAGUUUCCAGGCACUUGGGCUGGUUGGCCUGCAGGAGUCUGUGAGGUACGUCGCAGUCCUGAAGAAGACUACGCUUGCCCUCCAUCACCUCUCCAGUGGGCACCUGAAGUGGGUGGAACAUCUCCCAGAAAGUGACAGCAUCCACUACCAGAUGGUGUAUUCUUACGGCUCUGGGGUGGUGUGGGCCCUUGGUGUUGUUCCCUUCAGCCAUGUGAACAUUGUCAAGUUUAAUGUGGAAGAUGGAGAGAUUGUUCAGCAGGUCAGGGUGUCAACUCCAUGGCUGCAGCACCUCACUGGAGCCUGUGGCAUGGUGGAUGAGGCUGUCCUAGUGUGUCCUGACCCAAGCUCACGUUCCCUUCAAACUUUGGCUCUGGAGACGGAAUGGGAGUUGAGACAAAUCCCGCUGCAGUCUCUCGACUUAGAAUUUGGAAGUGGAUUCCAACCCCGGGUCCUGUCCACCCAGCCCAACCCAGUGGAUGCUUCCCGGGCCCAGUUCUUCCUGCAAUUGUCCCCGAGCCACUAUGCUCUGCUGCAGUACCAUUACGGCACCCUGAGUUUGCUUAAAAACUUCCCACAGACUGCCCUUGUGAGCUUUGCCACCACUGGGGAGAAGACGGUGGCUGCAGUCAUGACCUGUCGGAAUGAAGUGCAGAAACCCAGCAAUUCUGAAGAUGGGUCAAUGGGGAGCUUUUCGGAGAAGUCUAGCUCAAAGGACUCUCUGGCUUGCUUCAAUCAGACCUACACCAUUAACCUGUACCUCGUGGAGACAGGUCGGCGGCUGCUGGACACCACGAUUACAUUCAGCCUGGAGCAGAGCGGCACUCGGCCUGAGCGGCUGUAUAUCCAGGUGUUCUUGAAGAAGGAUGACUCAGUGGGCUACCGGGUUUUGGUGCAGACGGAGGAUCAUCUGCUACUUUUCCUGCAGCAGCUGGCAGGGAAGGUGGUGCUGUGGAGCCGUGAGGAGUCCCUGGCAGAAGUGGUGUGCCUAGAGAUGGUAGACCUCCCCCUGACUGGGGCACAGGCCGAGCUGGAAGGAGAAUUUGGCAAAAAGGCAGCAAUUCAAGAUGGCUUGCUGGGGAUGUUCCUGAAACGCCUCUCGUCUCAGCUUAUCCUGCUGCAGGCAUGGACUUCCCACCUCUGGAAAAUGUUUUAUGAUGCUCGGAAGCCCCGAAGUCAGAUUAAGAAUGAGAUCAACAUUGACACCCUGGCCAGAGACGAAUUCAACCUCCAGAAGAUGAUGGUGAUGGUAACAGCCUCAGGCAAGCUCUUUGGCAUUGAGAGCAGCUCUGGCACCAUCCUGUGGAAACAGUAUCUACCCAAUGUCAAGCCAGACUCCUCCUUUAAACUGAUGGUCCAGAGAACUACUGCUCAUUUCCCCCACCCCCCACAGUGCACCCUGCUGGUGAAGGACAAGGAAUCGGGAAUGAGUUCUCUGUACGUCUUCAAUCCCAUUUUUGGGAAAUGGAGUCAGGUGGCUCCCCCAGUGCUGAAGCGCCCCAUCUUGCAGUCCUUGCUUCUCCCAGUCAUGGAUCAAGACUACGCCAAGGUGUUGCUGUUGAUAGAUGAUGAAUAUAAGGUCACAGCUUUUCCAGCCACUCGGAAUGUCUUGCGACAGCUGCAUGAGCUUGCCCCUUCCAUCUUCUUCUAUUUGGUGGAUGCAGAGCAGGGACGACUGUGUGGAUAUCGGCUUCGAAAGGAUCUCACCACUGAGCUGAGCUGGGAGCUGACCAUUCCUCCAGAAGUACAGCGGAUCGUCAAGGUGAAGGGGAAACGCAGCAGUGAGCACGUUCAUUCCCAGGGCCGUGUGAUGGGGGACCGCAGUGUGCUCUACAAGAGCCUGAACCCCAACCUGCUGGCUGUGGUGACGGAGAGCACAGACAUGCACCAUGAGCGCACCUUUAUUGGCAUCUUCCUCAUUGAUGGCGUCACUGGGCGCAUCAUCCACUCCUCUGUGCAGAAGAAAGCCAAGGGCCCUGUUCAUAUUGUGCAUUCUGAGAACUGGGUGGUGUACCAGUACUGGAACACCAAGGCUCGGCGCAACGAGUUUACUGCACUGGAGCUCUAUGAGGGCACCGAGCAAUACAACGCCACCGCCUUCAGCUCCCUGGACCGCCCCCAGCUGCCCCAGGUCCUCCAGCAGUCCUAUAUCUUCCCAUCCUCCAUCAGUGCCAUGGAGGCCACCAUCACCGAGCGGGGCAUCACCAGCCGACAUCUGCUGAUUGGACUGCCUUCUGGAGCAAUUCUUUCCCUUCCUAAGGCUUUGCUGGAUCCUCGCCGCCCCGAGAUCCCAACAGAACAAAGCAGAGAGGAGAACCUAAUCCCGUAUUCUCCAGAUGUACAGAUACACGCGGAGCGAUUCAUCAACUAUAACCAGACAGUUUCUCGAAUGCGAGGUAUCUACACCGCUCCCUCGGGCCUGGAGUCCACAUGUUUGGUUGUGGCCUAUGGUUUGGACAUUUACCAAACUCGAGUCUACCCAUCCAAGCAGUUUGACGUUCUGAAGGAUGACUAUGACUACGUGUUAAUCAGCAGCGUCCUCUUUGGCCUGGUUUUUGCCACCAUGAUCACUAAGAGACUGGCACAGGUGAAGCUCCUGAAUCGGGCCUGGCGGUAAAGACCAAAGACUGUCCCCAAAAGAGAAGAGCCAUAGUGUGGGUCAGAUAAGAAGCUACUGCUGCAGUUUGGUGGAUUGGUGGGGUGUGUGUGUGUCAUUGCUCAGCUCAGCUCAGCUAAGAGCUAUGGGGAAGAUGACCUUCACGUAGAACUCCUUUUGGGAUACACAUGAUGCAGAAGCCUACGUGAACAGAGACAGAACUCACUCUCUGCUGAGAAUCUCAAAGAAUCUUGAUGGGCUUUCCCCUCAAGUCCAAAGGCCUCUGCAUUGUUUCCUUCUUUGCCCAUCCAUGAAUGUUCUGCUUUUUUUUUUUUUUAAAUAAGAGUUCCAACUGAUUUUUGUUUAAAUUGAUUUUACUUUGCCUUUUGUGUUUCCCAAUUUUAUUUAGAAAUCUUUCUUUUUCCAUCUCUUGCUACAAAGUAAGAGGGGAACGCUCCUUGCCAACUCUUCCUUCUAGGUGCAUUUGCUAUUUUGCACUGGGAAGAAAUAGGAUCCAUCCUUAGCUGAGGCUUGAGGACUGAUCCAGCCUCUCCUGGCUUCCCUCCAAAGUAACUUAGGGUUAAGGGAUCUAUCUGUGAUGUCAAAACUUACUUUAACUACACCUCUCGUUUCAAGCUGUCAUUCAUUAGGUUGGGCCACCAAAUCUCUUUUAGUUGAUCAGAAGCCAAGUGCAUACUAGCAUCUUGUUUGUUGCCCAUUGCUCAUACUUUUUGCCUGAGAUGUGAGAGUUGGGGCCUUUGAAAAACUACUGAAUUGUCUGAGCCUUGAAGACAUUUCCAGGGAGAAGAGAUAAUCUCUCAUUUUACCCACAGCCUGGUCCACUCAUAACCUAGUUAAAGAAAGAUGUCCUUGUUUAAGAACCCCAUUAUUUAUUUUUAGUUUUUAAUAUAAAUUAACAUGUGGGUCAUCAUAUUUCUCUUCAAAUGAGGAAAUUUUAAGUCUUGUUGAUCUAACCUUUGAAGCUUUAAAAAAGGGAAGAAAAAGGGUAGGGGUGGGAAGCUGGCAUACUGUGGGUGUAGCACUGCCAACUGGCCAGGCCGCCCUGUCUCUGCUAUAAAGUAAAGAAAUCCUGAAAGUUUUCCCUUGGUCAUGGAGUUGGGGAAUGUAGGAAUUUUUCUUUAUUGUGAAAUAUAUGUACAGAGUAGACCAUCUCUAGUCCCGUGGUGAAAGAGGUACCCUCGAAUGUCUGAAUAAAGCAAAUGACAAAUAA